CUCUUUUCAUAGGGUGACUUAUCUCAACAUAUCAAAAAGGAUUCAGCGAUGUAUACAGAAAAACUUACAAAAAGGAUAUUGUAUUUCUACUGGACUGAUACUCUACUAAAACAUACAGCAGACCUGCUGAUUCUCUAAUGGUUAUUCAUGAAGCAAAAGAAGAGAAAGUGAAAGACAAGUCUAGAUCAUUGGAUUUGAAAGCUGAAAAUGGCUUUUGUGAAAACUGUAUCUGUGGAAGAUCUUUCUUGUCCUGUGUGCAGUGAAAUCUUCAAGGCUCCUGUUAUCCUGUCAUGUAGUCACAGCGUUUGUAAAGAAUGUCUUCAGAAGUUCUGGGACACCAGGAAUACUCAGGAUUGUCCUAUCUGCAGGAGAAGAUCUUCAAAACUCGGCCCUCCUUGUAAUCUGGUGUUAAAAAACUUAUGCGAGUCAUUGACAGAAGAAAAGGCUUCAGGGUCUGAGGAGGUCUGCAGUCUCCACAAUGAGAAACUCAAACUUCUCUGCUUGGAUGAUGAGCAACCUGUAUGUGUUGUGUGCAAAGAUUCAGAAAAACAUGCCAAUCACAGUUUCCGCCCCAUCAAUGAAGUUGUUCCAUCUUACAAGGAGCAGCUCAAAACAGCAUUGAAGUCCUUACAAGAGAAAUUUAAACACACAGACAAAAUGAAAAGAGAGUAUAAUAAAACAGUUCUGCAAAUCAAGACUCAGGCUGAGCACACAGAGCGGCAGAUUAAAGAGGACUUUAAAGAGCUUCAUCAGUUUCUGCAAGAUGAAGAAGACGCUUCAAUCACUGCACUGAGGAAAGAAGAAGAGCAGAAGAGUCAGAUGAUGAAGGAGAAGCUCGAAGAGAUCAACAGACAGAUCUCAGCUCUAUCAGACACAAUAAAAGAAAUAGAGGACAAAAUGAAUGCCAGUGACGUCUCAUUUCUAAAUAGUUUUAAUGCCACAAUGGAAAGAGCCCAGAGUUCACAACAGGAACCUCAGAUGCUUUCAGGAGCUUUGAUCAAUGUGGCUGAUCAUCUGAGAAACCUGACCUUCAGAGUCUGGAAGAAGAUGCAGCAACUUAUUCAAAACACUCCUGUGACUCUGGACCCAAACACUGCACAUCCACGUCUGACUGUGUCUGAUGAUCUGACCAGUCUGAAACGCAGCAAGACACAGAAACUGGUUCCUGAUAAUUCAGAGAGAUUUGAUAAAUAUUCCUGUGUUCUGGGUUCAGAGGGCUUUGACUCAGGUACACACUUCUGGAAUGUGGAUGUUGGAGACAAUUCAUGGUGGAUUAUAGGAGUAACCACAGAAUCAAACCAAAGGAAGGGAGCAGAUUUCUUUAACACCAGUGUCUGGUGUGUUUGGUACAAAGAUGAAGAAUAUUUCUCACAGUCCCCAGAGAUCCCCAACAACCCCUUUUUAGUUAAAGAGAAGCUUCGGAAGGUGAGAUUGGAGCUGGACUGGGACGGAAGAAAACUAUCAUUUUGCGAUGCAGUAUCUAACAAACAUCUCCACACGCUGACAACCACCUUUACAGAGAAAGUCUUUCCAUUCUUUUACAGUCGUGAUGAAACCUUCCCUCUAAGAAUAUUACCGGCUAAAGUGGUUGUUGGGGUCCACCCAAGUUUGUUAGAAUGAUUUAAUUGGCUGCAAUUAAUCUCAGUGUGUUUGUGUCUAAUCUUCAGUCUUAAACUCUUGAGUGAACUUUUUACAGUCAAAUGAAUCCAAAUUCUUCUGAAUUCACUGUCAUAAUGAGUGUUGUAGGUUAAUGCAACAUUCAUUUCUUGUACUGAGCAUCUCUAAUACCAUCAUCUUGCUCUUAACAAGUCUAACUUCAACCCCAUGAUCAAGACGCUAAACACCUUUUGUCACUUUUUGCAUGUAAAGUUUUUAGUCUCAUCCUGCAGUUGGGACGUUUCUCAGGAUAUGAUCACCCUAGUGGUGGGCUGAUAAUGUGAAACUUGGUCUCUUAUGAUAAUUAAGCUAUUUAAAGGUAGGGUAGGGAGUUUCUGAGCUAUUAGUGUCACCUAGCGGAAGUACAAAAAUAAAAUAGGCUAAUUUACAUCACAAACACAGCUAUUACAGAUCUAUAAAAGUCUGUUAAAGAGAAGAAAUGUCUUAACGGGUAAAAGUUGACUGGUUUCAAUAAAUGGUCACACAUAUUAGAAAUACUUUAACUUUAAGUUUAGCUUACCUGUCGAGAAGAAACAUCAUAAGUAUGUCUUAUAGAUUGAACCCAAACAUUCCGACAAAUUCCGGAAUUUUUUUUCUAAUAAGCAGUGUUGGGCAUGUUACUUUAAAUAAAGUAAUUAGUUAUAGUAACUAGUUACUAGUUACUUCUCACAAAUAGUAACUUCAUUUGCAUCAUUAUAAAAGUACCUAAUUACCAGGGAAAGUAACUAUUGUAUUACUUUUUUAAAAAAUGUUCAAAUAUGUAAAAUAACUUGGAUGCCCUCAAUAUUAAAUAUGUUAAAUGAACGAAAUUUAAACAAAUGAAAUUUUUAGUUUACUCACCAGAUAUAUAAAGCUUAAUGGCACCGUUUUUUGAAAAUCUGAAUGUACGCUUAGCAUUAUAAUAUGACAUUAGGAUAUUUUUGCAUUAAACUUUAGCUGUUAGAACUUUAGAAUAACCAUGUAUGAUUGCAUAUUUGUCAUAAUGACUGAACUUAGGACUGGUGGUGGUCCUUAAGAUAUUGUUUGUAAUUUAGUGUUUCUAUAAAAAAAGGUAAAAAAACAAAAAAAUAAAAUACUGAAAAGACAAGAAAACUACUGUGAAUUCUACUACUAAUAACAAUAUAAAACGCACUAUGGAUUCAUGAACUGCUAGGUUCAUGAAUAUUAAUCACGUUGUCUGUGGUCGCGCAAACUGAUCUGCUGAAAUCAAAACGGGUUGUUAAUAGGUGAGCGCCAGCCAAUGAGAUUGCGCAUUAGUUCCGUCUACUACCAGUGAAACUGGCAGUUCUUAAAAGCUAAAGAAUUCCAAAGGAACUCCGUUAUUUUGACAGGAAAAUACAGCAAAGAACAUUGUUUACAUGUAGCGUGUCAAUUCUGUAUGGUUGUCCUCUAAGUCUAGCCCAGAUGAUUCAACAAUUCACUGAGAUUAAACCCAUUUCUGUUCAUAAUACUUCCUGUCAUGUGGAAUUAUAUGCUGAUGAUGUUCUGGUUUUCAUGGAAAACCAAACAAUUGUUUCCCUCUAUGAAUCAUAUUGUGCACAGGACAAACAUCUUUUUAGAAGUAGGCAAGGACAUCAAGAGAUAUCUGAACAGAUGGAUGAAUCUGCCCAUUUCUCUGCAUACCUGAACCUCUACUUAAUUAAUUUGCCUUGACUUGAUUUUUUGCUCUCUGUCACCCCUUUCCCAUCAUGUCAACUUCUGGACAAAAUCCAUGGUAAUAAAUCUGGAAUAAAGUUAGAAAAUGUAUCUACUAAGCAAUGUCUGUUGCACUUUUGGUCCUCCCUCACAUUGGAGUAAGACUGGUAUCAACAGUUUUUUUCCUGUAUUGAUUCUGAU